ACUUUCCAGAUUUAAUUCGUUUUGUACAAAGUUACACUAUCUCUCUCUCUCCUUGGCUCUUCAGUUGGUCUAUCUUUGUCCCAAUGUUCAGAGGUGUUCUGUCACAGAUUACAGAGUAACUUCUGUGAUCUGUGCACACUGACACCGACUAGAAGAAGAAGUGUUCUGUGGUACCAAUGUCAUCAAUUUUUGACAAUCCAUAAACAAACCUUUUAAAAAAUGUUUGAAUAAUCAUCAACAUGUAAUAAUUUGACAAAAUGUCGAAUUGCUAUAAGCGCGUCAACUACUAUGAUUUGUGCCGGCUGUGUGCACAAAAUAUCCACAAAAAUAAAGUUAAAAUUUUCGAGCAGGAAGGCACCAGACACCAAUUGCAGGCCAAAAUUAAGAAGUGCCUGGCCAUAAACAUCAAAGCGGACGAUUUCCUACCCAAAGUGGUGUGCGCUAAGUGUUUGAAGCAGUUGGAGUUGUGCAAUGCCUUCAGGGAGGAGUGUAUCAAUUCCGAAUCAAUGCUAUCGAGCUACUUUAAAAACUACCGACAUACUGAUGAGUUCAAAAAGUCGGGAAAGGUGUACAUAAAAGAUACCGCCAAGUCGGACAGUGAACCGAUUCAGAACACCAACAAAAAGCCAGUUGCUGCAGCAUGCGGACCGAACCACACUCGGAACAAUCUAACACUACCAUUGUAUGCGAAAAGCAUCCAUUCAAGCGAAAUUAAUAUGCCUAGCAAACCGAUAGCACACAGUUCCUUGCAAGUACAGCAUCUUCCUUACAGCAUGGAUAUGCUCAACGAGGCGCUUAAAAAAGCUGUGCAACAACUUCCUAAAGAGAUAUUGAACAAAGUGGUGGUCAAUUCCAACGGUGAAGUUAUCAACUUUGCUCCUCUGGACGCGAUGACCAUGGAACCCACCAAUAUAUCGCAUAAUAUAAGUAGUAUAAACAAUAGAGUUAACGAUAAGUUCAAAAAAGGGGCGGACAAACAGGAUAGCAUUAUUAAAAUUGACUUGACUCUGGAUGAAAUUGGGGAGGAUUCGAAGAACAAGUUGAAUGCAAUGUCCUACUCUAAACCUCCUGCUCAUUUGCCAACCCAAAAUCCUACAAUGAUCUUUCCUGCUGUACAAUUACAGAACAACAACUUUGCAACAGUGCCAACAAAUACCGUAUACCCGCCGGCAAUUUCUCCUUCCGCUUCAACCGUUAUCAACGUAAUAUGCAGCAAUCCUACAGAAAUAACAUCGACCAGUCCAUCUUCUCAUUCCAGUAUCAACAUAGAAGACCUGCGAUCGUCCCAGGCUUUCCUACCAUCAAAAAGCCGUAAAUCAGAUACUUCCAAGAUCGAAAGGUGCAAUUUGCAAGCCACCAAAGGCCACAAUUGCGAGCUGUGCCCGAAAAAAUUUAAAAGGCGCGAACAUCUGUACCAGCACAUGAAACUGCACACCGGGUUUCGGCCUUACCAAUGCACCGAUUGCAAGAAAACGUUCGUGCGAAAGGAACACCUUUUGAGACACAUGGUGUUGCACUCGGGCGAGCGUAACUUCAGCUGCGAUAUUUGCACGAAGAGUUUCUCGCGGCACGACAACCUCCUCAAGCACGUCCGUACACAUAACAAGGGCCAGAGCCAAUCCGAGACUACCUACACGUGUGACGUGUGCCAGAAGGUGUACCUGGUGAAACGUUUUUACGAUAACCAUAGAGCGGAGAUUGGGAGAUGCUUUCUGGCUCCGCAUUUACGAAUUUGUGACUCGAGCCGGUCAAUGGCGAAGAAUUGCUAAAUGGAAGGGCGACGGAUGCUGUGUGAUGGCACAUAUCACAUUAGCGUUGUUUUUUAAGACCAACAUCAAUCUUUUCCGAUAUAAUUCUAUGUGGAAUCCUAUCUUUCUACAUAGAAUAAAUGACAAAUGUUCACUAGAUAUUGAGGAGAAAUCUACCGUAAACAUAGAAGCAGGCGUAAUCACAUCCAGGCACGUUCGUCGUCCGUCGUAGCUGUAAUUUGUUUCUGUGGACAUUCUUUGUCGAGCGUCUUAUAAUUUCUUUUAAUCAUACUAAACCGCAAUAAUUGAUCUCAUUAAUGAUAAGCAUAUUUAUAUACUAUUUAUUUUGUUGAUUCUAAUUACAUUAAUAUUAGCCUGCAUUAGCUGAUUAAGUUACGAAACUCUGAACUUGUUUAUAGUCAUCGUCUUGGCUGUAUUUUUUUUGUUAACAGUUUUAAGGCUUUUCUUAAAUCAAUACCUUCGUGUGUAUUUAUUUAAUUUAACUAAGUAAUAAACCUGCACCUGCGACGUUUCAUUUUCUUUCCAACUAUAGGUAAUAAAAUGCUUAUAUAACGA